AAUGCCUGAACGUAACGAAAGAGCAAAUAAUGCAAUACAGUGGCUAUUGCAGGGCGUAGCUUUGAUUUUAGUCCAACAGAAACCAUUAGAAAAGAUAAGAUUGCUGACUAACGAAGAAUAUAGAGAACAGGGACGGAUUGAAACAGAAAAGGCUCUAGCAGAGCUUCGAAAAUACUGCCAAAGCCCAGAUUGCAAUGCAUGGAAGACUGUGUCUAGGUUAGAGAGUCCGGCUCGUUUCGCUUCAUUUAUUGCUGGUUCGUCACAUCUAACCAGUGAUGAAAUAAGGAUUUACGACGAGCUAAGUGACGACGAAUCGUUAAUUCAAACGGAUGAUGAUUCAGAGUGCACAGAUUUUUAUUUGUCAUCACCGCCAUAA